UUGUUUUGUUAAGCGAUGGCUGAGCAGAGCGCCAACAACAGCACCAGCAGCAGCAACAACAACAACAGCGGCAGCAGCAGCAGCUCCACUUACAACAGCAUUGCUGAAAGCGGACCAGAUUUUGAUGCACUGCGUGCGGCCUGCAACGCGCAUUUGAAUAGCAGCCAUCCACUAACAGGUCCACAUUGUGCGGGCACUUUUGAUGGCUGGCUCUGCUGGCCCGACACGCGCGCUGGCGAGUCCGCCUAUGAGCUCUGCCCGGGCUUCAUCACCGGCUUUGAUCCGACACGAUAUGCGCACAAGGAGUGCGGCGAUGAUGGCGAGUGGUUCAAGCAUCCGCUGACCAACCGAACCUGGUCGAACUAUACCACCUGCAUAAAUCUGGACGAUUUGGCGCGCAAUCACAAUGUGAACCUGAUCUAUGAGGUGGGCUACAGCAUCUCGCUGCUGGCCAUAUUGCUAUCGUUGGGCAUACUGAGCUACUUCAAAUCUCUGAAAUGCGCUCGCAUCACGCUUCACAUGAAUCUGUUCAGCUCAUUUGCGGCCAACAGUUCGCUGUGGCUCAUUUGGUAUUUGGUUGUGGUGCCCAACUCGGAGCUGGUGCAGCUCAGUCCGGGCUAUUGUGUGGCUUUGCACAUAAUACUGCACUAUUUUCUGCUGACGAACUAUUCGUGGAUGCUGUGCGAGGGCUUUUACCUGCACACGGUGCUGGUCGCUGCUUUUAUAUCGGAGAAAAAGCUGGUCAAAUGGCUGAUAGCCUUCGGCUGGUGUUCGCCGGCCAUUGUCAUUUGCAUCUAUGGACUGGCACGCGGACUCAGUGGCAGCCGGGAGGAGAAUCUACACUGCUGGAUGACGGACACAGACUAUAACUACAUUCUGAUAGUUCCCGUUUGCAUUUCAAUCUUCCUCAAUUUACUGUUCCUUUGCAACAUUGUGCGCGUCGUCCUGCUGAAGCUGAAUGCCCCCGCCAGCCUGCAGGGCGGCUGUGGACCCUCACGAACCGUACUUCAAGCAUUUCGAGCUACGUUGCUGCUGGUGCCGCUGCUUGGCCUCCAGUAUAUGUUAACGCCGUUUCGUCCUGGCCAAGAGCAUCCCUGGGAGUAUACAUACCAAGUCAUCUCGGCAUUUACGGCCUCAUUUCAAGGCUUGUGCGUGGCAACAUUAUUCUGCUUCUUCAACGGCGAGGUGAUUGCCCAAGUAAAGCGCAAGUGGCGAACGUUCUACUUCAGUAGUCGACCUCGGACCAAUUCCUACACAGCCACUCAGGUCUCGUUCGUUCGCUGCGGUCCGCCAGUGCCUGGCGAGGAGAAGGUAUGACUAAAGGAUCUAUCGUCAUCAGCUAAGCGACGCGCCUCCUCAGCACCCCAUCACCACCAGCAACAGCAACAACAGCAGCAGCAACAGCAACAUGAGCUGCAACAACAACGCUCGCGCAGCCAGAGUAUGGCCUUGACAGGCGCCGGCGGCAGCACGUCCGGUCUCAUCGAUGGCUGGCGUCAGAAACUGCAUUUCCUGCGACGCUCCAACGUAGAUAAUGCGCACCAGCGACAGCCGCUUAUGGAGGAAACCGCGGCCAAUACCCAGUUGCAGCUGGCAGCUGGCAAUAUGCAAGUGGAGGUGGCGCUCCAGCCGCAGCUGAUGACGACAAUAGCUGAAGAUGUUGCCGAGGCAGCAGGUGCAACAGCAACAGCAACAGCAGCAACAGCAACCGCAACAACGAAUACAGCUGAAGAGCGCAAUGGCACAGGUUUGAUUGCAGGCGCAUCUACAGGUGUUGUCAUUGUCAGCGUAGAUGGCAGUGGGCAACAAAAUAUAGCCGAUGAGGCGCUUUAAACUAUACAAAAACAAACGCAGUCACAAAAACAAUUCUGUUACAACAAUCUCUCAUAGUCUAAGCCAAUUUUAAGUAGCUACCCGCCCAAAAAUUAAGUUAAACCAAACAAUAAUGGAAUGCACCCCACCUACAACAACAACAACAACACAAAUCAAUUGUCGCCCGAUCAUCACAACGAACAAUGUGGAAAUUCUAGCAACAAUAAAUAUAAUAUCAUUGUAAAGUUGCAUUUC